GUGUUGAUCUUCUUGGUCUUGCUUGUCUGGUGGCUGAACAUCUCCCCUGACGCUGGAAUCCAGUUCUUGGAUUUCUUCUCCGGAAAGGCCCGGUUGUCUCUUGUGGCUGAGGGGGCUGGGUUCAAAGUAGCAGCCUAUGACAAGAUCUAUGGGGACAAGCGUGGGGCCAAACGGGGCAAGCGAUCAGCAAUGGACCUGAAUUCCAAUGCCGGAAUGGUGCUAGCAAUCUCAUUGAUAUUGCGUUCUAAGCUGGACGAGCUCGUGGCAGCCUUUGGAGUAGUGUGCUCAACUUGGGUGCCAGUCAACAAAGGCACCUCCAAACGGUGCUACCUAUGUCCCCAUGGUGAUGAAAACGUCGUCAGUGUUCGCAAGGGUAACAAGAUGAUGGCAAGGAGCACGAUCCUGAUGUACUUGGUCAUCGCAGCUGGUGGUAAUUAUGUGCUGGAGAACCCACAGGGUUCUUUGGUAGUGCUACAUGCACGCUACGUACAACUGCUGCGUCGAUUGUUGGCCCUGGGUGUCACGGUGCCACUUCUGUGUUAUGACUGGUAUGAAUGA